CCGGAGCAUUAUGUUUCUCAUUUACUUGAACAUGAAGGAAAAGGCUCAUUAUUAUCGGCUUUGAAUUCCAAGGGAUGGUGUAACUCCCUAGUAUCCGGAAAACGUCUUGAAGCCAGAGGCUUCAGUAUUUUAAUUAUUAGUAUUGAUUUAACCGAAGAAGGUAUUAAGCAUAUCGAAGAUGUUGUUCUACGGGUAUUUCAGUAUAUUAAUAUGCUUAAGUUGAAAGGACCAAUCAAAUGGAUCUAUGAUGAAUAUAGAGAUAUUGCGAAUAUGAACUUUCGUUUUGAGGAGAAGUUUUCUCCUUGUAAUUAUGUGAAAUUUACGGUUCAAGCGUUGCAACAAUUUCCCGUGAACGAAAUUUUGUGGGCGGAAUAUAUUUAUUCUGAAUGGCGACCGGACUUGAUUGAAGAAAUAAUGACAUAUUUAACACCGCAAAAUGUUAGGAUUCACGUGGUUGCAAAAGCAUAUGAAGAUAUAGCGGAUGAAACUGAAAGGUGGUAUGGUACUAAAUAUAAGAAAAUGAAAAUAUCCAAGAAAACAAUGGAAAUGUGGAGCUCCGCUGCCUUUAACGAUGACUUGAAAUUGCCUCCCAAGAAUAAAUUUAUAGCAACUACAUUUGAUAUCAAGCCAGAAACUAAUAUAGAAAAGUUUCCUAUUAUUUUGGAGGACACAUCAUUUGUUAGACUUUGGUAUAAAAAAGAUGAUGAAUUUCUUGUGCCUAGAGCAAAAAUGAUUUUUUGUUUUGUCAGCCCAUUUACCUUUCUGGAUCUCCUUAGUUACAAUUUAACUCACAUGUUUAUUAAUCUGUUUUGUGAUUCUCUUACCGAAUAUACAUAUGCUGCUGAUUUAGCUGGUUUACAAUGGGAAAUUUUUAAUUCUGAAUAUGGAAUAACACUCUUUAUAAGUGGUUAUGACAAUAAACAACAUGUGUUAUUAGAAAAACUCAUGGAUCGAAUGAUAAAUUUUAAGGUUGAUCCAAAGAGAUUUGAAAUCCUAAAGGAAGAAUUUAUUAGGGACUUGAAAAACUUUGCUACUGAACAGCCUUAUCAACAAGCUGUUGAUUAUCUUGCAACUCUAUUAGUAGAGCAAUCUUGUUUUGAGGAAGAAUUACUAGAAGCUACUGCCUAUUUAAGUGUUGAAGGACUACAGAAGUUUAUACCACAGCUAUUCAGUAAGGUGCACGUGGAAUGCUUAAUAUAUGGUAACGUGACUAAAACAGAAGCUACAUAUAUACGUAAAUUAAUUGAGUCUAAGUUAACAACUGGAGUGCCCAACAUAAUACCCUUGUUAGAAAAGCAACUGUUAUUAUUCCGUGAAAUUAAACUAGAAGAUGGUUGCCACUUUCUGUUCAGAGCAGAAAAUAAUUCACAUAAAAAUUCUUGUACAAUGGUAUAUUAUCAAACUGGUUUACAAUCAACGGAGUCGAAUAUGCUCUUAGAACUCUUAGCACAAAUCAUUGAGGAACCUUGCUUCAAUACCUUAAGAACGAAGGAACAAUUAGGCUACACAGUAUUUAGUGAAAUACGUAGAACAAGUGGAACACAAGGCUUGCUAAUCAUUGUACAAAGUGAUAAACAUCCACAAUAUGUCGAAAAACGAAUUAAUUUAUUUUUAGACUACAUGUUGAAUCACAUAUCUACCUUAACAGAAGAGCAAUUUGAAAAAUACAAGAAAACUUUAGCUACAUCACGUUUAGGAAACCCAAAAAGGUUAAGUGCAAGGUGUACCAUAUAUUGGAAUGAGAUUAUAAACCAACAAUAUAACUUCGAUCGAGUCAAUAUCGAAGUGGCUUACUUAAAGACAAUAUCACUGCAGCAAUUACUUAAUUUCUUUAAGGAAAAUGUACAUAGUAAAACUCGACGUAAAUUGUCAAUACAUGUGAUCUCUACGGUAACAUCAACGGAAAACAAUUCACCUGAUAACAUAACUGAUAAAACUGCCGAUUUAUCAAUUGAUAAAGAAGUUAAAAAAAUCGAUGAUAUUACAUCAUUUAAAAAUAGUCAAUCUUUAUAUCCUCGACUUGAACCGCUUGAAAAAUAUUUUCUCAGGAAAGGUGUACGCUCUUCUAAAUUAUAA